GGAGGAGCCUGCAGCGGCGGUGGCGGCGGCGGCGGCGGCGGCGGCGGCGGCUCCAGCAUUUCCCUCCCUGGCCGGGGGUCGGCGGGCGGUGGCGGCGGCAGCGGCGGCGGCGGCAGCUGGGCAGGGCUGGGCCGAGCUGCGGACGCCAGGCCCCCCGAUCCCCGCCAGGCUGCGGACACCAGGCCCCCCGAUCCCCGCCAGGCUGCAGGCGCCGGGCCCGGGCCGUCAGGGCAGCUGUGACCCUUGCGCUCAGCGGGUGGCGAGCUGGGGGUGCGCCCGGAUCCCCGCCCCCGGGAUCAUGGGGAAUGGCAUGACCAAGGUACUUCCUGGACUCUACCUCGGAAACUUCAUUGACGCCAAAGACACGGAUCAGCUAGGCCGGAAUAAGAUCACACACAUCAUCUCCAUCCACGAGUCACCCCAGCCUCUGCUGCAGGACAUAACCUACCUUCGCAUCUCAGUGGCCGACGCCCCUGAGGUACCCAUCAAAAAGCACUUCAAAGAAUGUAUCAACUUCAUCCACUGUUGCCGCCUCAAUGGGGGAAACUGCCUUGUGCACUGCUUUGCAGGCAUCUCCCGAAGCACCACCAUCGUGACGGCAUAUGUGAUGACUGUGACAGGACUGAGCUGGCGGGACGUGCUUGAAGCCAUCAAGGCCACGCGGCCCAUCGCCAACCCCAACCCAGGCUUUAGGCAGCAGCUUGAAGAGUUUGGCUGGGGCAGUUCCCUGAAGCUUCGCCGGCAGCUGGAGGAGCGCUUCGGGGAGAGCCCUUUCCGCGACGAGGAGGAGGUGCGCGCGCUGCUGCCGAUGUGCGCGCGCUGCCGGCAGGGCUCUGCGAGCGCGGCCUCUUCCCCCGCGCCCAGCUCCUCGGCCUCGGAAGGGACCUUGCAGCGCCUGGUGCCGCGGUCGCCCCGGGAAGCCCACCGGCAGCUGCCGCUGCUGGCGCGCGUCAAGCAGACUUUCUCUUGCCUCCCGCGGUGUCUGUCCCGCAAAGGCAGCAAGUGAGGAUCCUGCCCCGCCGUGGCGCCCCUCGGCCUCUCGACCGGUCCCCUUCGGGCAUUGUCUGCGCCUCCCACGGCCUUCAGGACGGGCCCAGAGCCUGUGGGAGCCCCGCGGCGGCCUGAUCCCCGCCCCUGCCCCUCUUCGCGCCUUGCUUGUCUGCGUCCGCGGUCAGUGUGUCCUCCAUCUGUGUGUGUGGCUCUGUGUCUGGGCCGGCCUGCUGCAGCUACCUGGUGCCUUAGUUCUUGGGCUGGAGGAGGGUGCCCCCGGCCCCCCCUCCCAUUAAAGGCGGUGGGAGUGGGAAUGGGUGGGUGGGGUAGUUGGAUGGGCCUGGAGGAUAUUAAAGAGACACAGAAG